UAAGCUGCAGCUGAGAAGAGACCAGACUGUCAACAAGUUGUCAUAAUGAGCUGCUAAAACAGCUUAGCCGCCGACGGUUACACGUUUAAACUUUGACCCACCCCCCCCCCUCGUUCAGAUGAUUACCGGCGGACAGACCAAGGACGCUCGGCGCAGAGGGUGAUUGAGAAGCUGAUGUCUGUCCUCGGCGGUCUUGACUCAACUUGAUGAAUUAACCUCAGAGUGGUCGAGGAUUUCAAACAAAGCAGCCUGGUGUCCCAGUGUGACCAGUAUGGCUGCUGCCAACACCACCAAGAUCUCAUGGAGACUACAGGAGUUCGAGGCUCACUCCCGCAGUGUCUCCUGUUUGGCUCUGGCCAAAAGCUCCGGCCGACUGCUGGCCACAGGAGGAGAGGACUGCACCGUCAACAUCUGGGCUGUCAGCAAGGCCAACUGCAUCAUGAGUUUGACUGGUCACAAGAACCCAGUGGAGUGUGUCCUGUUCAACAUGUCAGAAGAGCAGGUCGUCGCCGGGUCCAGGUCUGGUUCGGUGCGAAUCUGGGACCUGGAGGCUGCCAAGAGUUUAAGGACUCUGAUGGGACACAAAGCCAACAUCACCAGUUUGGGCUUCCAUCCGUUUGGAGACUUUCUUGCCUCAAGCUCUAUGGACACAAACAUCAAGCUGUGGGACGUGAGGAGGAAAGGAUACGUGUUCAGAUACAAGGGUCACACUCAGGCAGUGAGGAGUCUGGCCUUCAGUCCAGAUGGGAAGUGGUUGGCCUCAGCCAGUGACGACUGCACAGUCAAGCUGUGGGACCUCACUCAGGGGAAGACAAUCACAGAGUUUAAGUCUCACACUGCAGCCGUCAACAUCGUUCAGUUUCACCCUAAUGAGUACCUGUUGGCUUCAGGCAGCUCUGACAGGACUAUCAAGCUGUGGGAUCUGGAGAAGUUCCGAAUGAUCGGCUCGUUGGAGGGGGACACGACCCCCGUCAGGUCUAUAUUUUUCAGCCCGGACGGCAGCUGUCUGUACAGCGGCGCCACAGACUCUCUGCGAGUUUUCGGCUGGGAGCCUGACCGCUGCUUUGAUGUGGUGCCAGUGGGCUGGGGAAAAGUGGCUGACCUGGCGGUCUGCAACCAGCAGCUGAUCGGUGUGUCUCAUGAGCUCUCCAGUGUGUCCUCCUACGUUGUGGAUCUGAAGCGGGUGAAGAAGAGCGGCGGCUCUGUGAUCCAGGGAAUCAUUAAGGAUAACCAGCCGCUCGCAGAGCCGAAUGAUCCCAAAGGAGCUGCACUGCGCAAGAACUACGAGAGACCCACGACCACCUGCAGCUCACAGAGGUUAAAGCAGAGUUCAGAUGCUGAUAGGCGGAGCCCUGAAGGUGAGAGGCGGAGCCUCAGUGAGGACGAGGCGGAAGAGAAAUUGUCAUCAGCCGAAAUCCACAAUGCAGAAGAUUACAAAGAGAUCUUCCAGCCAAAGACCGCCAUCUCACGUACUCCUCCCAAAAUGUCCGAGCCCUUCCCCGCUCCUCCAGAGGACGAGACAAUAUUAGCGAUCGGCCGUCAGCUGAAGGACAUGAUAUCUCCUUUACCUGACAAGCAGCAGGCUGCUCCACUGGCCUCCUCCACACCGGUCCAGAGGGUGGAGCCUACAGUGGUCUCCUGUGCUAAACGCCCCGUCCCCUCAGCCGUUGUCCCAAUACCCUCAAACCCCCCCUCUUUAGGCCCGCCUCCUCCCUCUCAGCCUCCAAUCAUCACAGCGAAGUCUAAACAGCAACCUAAAAUCAUCCUCAGCACCAGGAACGAGCCGAUCGGACUCAACGUGGCUGACUUCCUGCCGUCUCCUCCAAACAACCGAGCCGUCUCUCUGAGCGAUGAGGAGGCGCUGUCUCAGAUCAAGAAGGGUCACGACACUAUGUGUGUGAUGCUGAGCAGCCGACACAAGAACCUGCAGACGGUCCGAGCCGUGUGGGCCCGAGAGGACAUCAAGAGCGCUCUGGAUGCUGCCGUCUCCAUGAAUGACCUGUCGAUUGUGGUGGACAUCCUCAACAUUAUUAACCUCCAACCGUCUCUGUGGAAGCUGGACCUGUGUACAACCAUUCUUCCUCAGAUUGACAAACUGCUGCAGAGUAAAUAUGAGAGCUACAUGCAGACCGGCUGCACGUCUCUGAAGCUGGUCAUGAAACACUUCUGGAUGCUGAUCUCCGACACGCUGAAGGCGACGCCGUCUGUGGGGGUCGACAUCACACGAGAAGAGCGACACCAGAAGUGCCGAGCGUGCUGCAGGCAGCUGAAGAACCUGAGCAACGUGGUGAAGAACAAAGCGGCGCAGGUCGGUCGUCACGGCAGCGCCUUCAAAGAGCUGCAGCUGCUCAUGGCGCCGCUCGACGACGCUCUCUGAGAGUGACUGAACUCAACCCUCCGUUUUCCCAGACUGCGUAUCUGACUGAGAUAACAAGGAGUCAGCUUACACUUCAGGAGCUCAUCAACAGCUUCACCUGGUUGAACAUUUCUGCACUUUGAGUCUCAACGGGGUCCUGGGACACCGACCCUCCAGAAGCCUCUGUCACGCCCGGUGUAGGGAGAAGAACUAUGUGGAUGAAAAGUGUUAAUUAAUCCUCUUCAACUCAAAGGAACACACCGACAGUUUGAGCUACAUCUCACUCACAAUCAGAGACGAAGACGAGCUGCAGUUUGCUGAGCAGCCUGCAGGCUACAGUCUGAAUCUCUCUGACCGUAGAGCAGACACUUCUCCACAGAGUCGGCAUCUCCUACAGGUUGAAGAGCUCCAAACACAAAGGCAGCAUGAACACCUGAGCUCCCAACAAGCUGAUAGAGCUCAGUGUCAGUCAGCUCUCCUCCCUGAGAAAAAAUGACAAUCAGAAACAUUUGAGUGUGAACAACAUUUAUUCCUGAAAAAAAUCCAAAUUUAAUCGAAAUAAAUUUUCCUACAAUAAUUGAUCGAUACAAAACUUUUCUGAGGUGUCUGUCCGGUCAACAGAAGUUACAGCCAGCUGUCGGUUAGCUUAGCCUAGCAUUAUGACUGGAAACGGGAUUAUCUAGCGGACCAAAAUCUGUCUUUACCCCCGCACUUUUCACUAAUGAACACGUUCCGUUGUUGAACACUAGUGUCAUCAUCGCGAGGUCAUUCAGACUUCUGCUCACAGCUUAGAAAUAGAUCGACACUCAGAAUCACUGAACGUGGAUUUGUUGUUUUUACACUUUGAGCUCUAACACUCAGAUCACUUUGUUCCACCUGAUGUGGAUUUGUUUUGUUUUUUUUACACGGACUGUCUGAGAGGACGGUUGUGGUUCUCAGGUUCUGAAGAUAAUCGACUUUCAUAACAAACUGAGAAGUUCACCUGAGGGGAGAACCGAACAGAACCACGUUCAUAAACACUGAAGAUGUUCAAAUGUUUCCACGGUCCUUUUCUACUUUCUCGACUUUUCUCACUGUUAGAGCCACUCUUGACUGUUUUAAAUGUACAGUUGUGUUUAUUUAAAUAAAGUGUUCAUGUUGGGAAGAAGAA